AUGGGAGAAAUGAAGAACACCGAGCAAAACUCAUCUCAGCCAAGACAGACGCCGCUGGGAGACCGUGAAUAUUUAAAAUGGCUUGAAGGAGAGCCUAUCCAGUCACAAAAGCAUCUUGCUGAAGCCAAACUACAAGAACUACUUGGUGAUGCUUCUCGGCCCCGCCAUGCUUCGGGCAAUGCAUGUAUCAAACUCUGUUAUUUCAUUGAGUUAUGCAGAAGUUCAUCGUCUCUAUAUAUUCGAGAAGUUGCCUUCUCCAAGGAGACAUGUCUCGGGCUGUUCAACUUCUACAUCGAGUGGAAUGAGAAGAACCAAAACCGCUCAUUACGGCAAGUUCUAGAGCUCGUAUCAUCACAUAUCGCCCGCAAUCCCGAGAAAAGGAUAUCAGACGAUGUUAAAGCAUUAAUUCUGCAAAGAAUCUUGACCAUCAUUAGUCAUCAAGCUGCUCAGUCAUUAGUCAAGCCUGCCUUCAAAGCUCUAGAAAGCUUCUUGAGCAAAAGUACUAUCUCUCCUGAGGAAUUACUCGCUGCCGAUGAAGCCUGCACCUCUGCUCAUGUAGGGGUACAAUCUCCGUCUGAAUCAUCCUGGGAUUCUUUCGUCUUCCGAGUGUUUUACUGGUUAGGCCCUGCAGACGUUUCGCCAGCUGCUGGUAGAUUUCUGGUGACCCUGUUCAAGGCCCUGAGGACGACAGCUGCGGGCACUGAAGGUACCACUGCAAGUCAUACUGGCCUAUGGCAAUAUUGGAUACGAACCGGUCUCUCGAAAGACCCUCAAAUACUUGAAAAUGUUAAAAAUUAUCUUCUGCCCCCGCUUUUCAAGAUCGACCGUCCCGGAUCAUUAGCAUUUUUGCAGGAACUGAACCAACAAAAGCCUAUAUCUAACCUCCGGGAUGAAGAAAUAGGCGCCCAUGCUAUGCUACAGUUAGCUUCCAUGGAAGUUGGGAAAAAGUCCGGUUUAGUGGAGGAACCAACUCCAAUCCAAUUCCAAAAGACUGCCUCAAAGAAAUCAACACCCGCUAUCAUUAUGGACGAACACGCCGUGGGGUUACUCUUAAGCAACCUCUCUGACACUGUCCGGUCACUUGCUUUCUCUACUCUAGUAUCAUCUUCCUCUACCAUACGCCCAUUUAGUCCAAUCGUCCUUGAUUUACUACAAUCACACAUGGCACUUCUUUACUCUGAUCCGGAUGCCAAGUUUCGAAAUGAAAUUUUGAGCAAUAGCAAGCGCUUGAUGGAGAGACUGAGAGGGGCAACUGCUCUCCUCGUUAGAGAGCUGGACCAAUCAUCAUUCAAGCUCAAUGAAGGAAACGCUCAAAAGCCAGAGCUGAUGGAGAUACAAGCCCUGCAUGAUGCCACUGAAAAUUUGCUGCGUAAGCAUCAGGAAUUUAUCGAAUGGUAUUUGGAGUUUUUGUUGGCAGAGUUGAUUCCAACUGCAUCAUAUCAGCGGCAUACCACAGCCUUGAGAGCCAUCAAUAUGUUUCUCCAUUCUAGAAUUGAUCCUUCCGUGCUUCCGUCUACACAAAUUCCCGCCAACUCUACAAUAUGGCCUUUCAGCGUCCAAUUCUUCACGCCACGCUCCAUGCGGUUGCUACUCGAUCUUCUUAUGGAUCCGUUUGAGGAGGUGAGAAGCAAUUCAACAGAGAUAUUAAGACUUUCUUUACCGAUAAACUUUGCCGCAGAGUCGCGCUGUUGUUCGCUGGAAGAAACUGCGACCCCUAGCUCGCUGUCGAGAGAAUCAAACAAUCAAGAUUCCAGUUUGCAAAAAGUAAGGGAUGGUGUUUGUCAGAACACAAUUGUGGAAGCGCGCCCAUUAGGACUCCUCGCGGACUUUAUUAAGCGAGGGCAGGAAGGUUUGAAAAGAACAGGCCGUGCGGACUACGCAGACGGAAUUGCUCGUUCUUAUAGGCUGAUGUAUGGGCUCCAGGCUUCAACUGAGGCUCGUAUGAAAUUGCUAGAGGAAUUGGUGGAUGAUCUGGAAUCAAAGGUGGUGAUUGCUGAACAGAGUCUCGCACAGGCGGUUUUUGAGGCUCCUAUUCAUGGAAAUUUUGCUACGUUGAACCUCAUUUGUGAUCUUGUUGGUCCGUCCCUAGAGUCUAGUAGAAUAGAGGUGGAUGGGCUACGAUAUUGGACCCAAUGGAUUAAACUCCAAUUGCGUAUAGUGGCCUUGUGUGCUCGCACUUGGGAAGCUGUAAAAGAUAUCUUAUGUAACGACGCCCCAGAAGGCUAUCUACCACAGGAACUGGACGACCUUGAUGCCAUAGACACGAAAGAUGUUCUUAGCUAUAGCUUCAGGGCAAUCCAUGAAUCUAGCAAUCUCAUGAGGUCCAUCGCUAGCACGCUCAAGCGUUAUUCGCCAGAUCAACUCGCAACGUCUACCCACAAAACCUUUGCACAGAUUGGGAAUCUGGCAUUCAAACAACUAUCUACACUUCGUCAUCGUGGCGCAUUUUCCACUGUCUCGUUGACCUUCUCUUAUUGCUGCCAACUGACGCAGCAUACGUCCUUGCUUGCACGCUCUUCAUCAGGGAACAACCCGCCUCCCACAAAGGAAUCCAUUUCGGUGGACGAAAUCACUUGCCAGGUCAAAUUCAACUCAGCUCAGAAUUCCAGCUCCAUAACCGAAUUGAGUCUUACCAACGACCAGACUAUAGGACUAGAUCUCCUAAGAAGCUGGUGGAAGGGCACUCUUGAGUGUAUACACAACCAAGCUUCAACGACAAGGAGAUCUGCUGGUAUUCCAGCACUAGUGACUGGCAUAAUGUCGGCCAACUCUCGAGAAUUGCCUUCAGCAGAUAUGGUGGAUACAUUAAUCGCGCUAGCCCGGAUACCAGUGUACAUGUACAUUAAUGGAGGAGCUUCAGCAGACUUAGGCCGGCUUCCCCAAGUCCAUGCGCUUAAUUCUCUCAAAGAGAUAUUCAAGAACGCCAAUACUAAGCUGGUAGUCGAUGACAAGGUUGCCGAAUGCAUCCAACUAGCGGCCGAAUCACUCGCAUCUACUUCAUGGCCGAUUAGGAACUGUGGGCUCUUGCUCUUCCAGAGCCUGUCAAAUUUUCUAAUCGGCGGCGAAGACAAUGUGGUUGGGUGGGAUUCAAGAGCGACACGAAUCCACUUUUCCAAGUACCCAGAUCUCGUAGGGCAUCUGAUGGAAUUUCUCGAGUCGGCCCCCGAUAGUGAUGCGCAAUUGAUGACACCUGUCCAAGAGUCGUUGGAGCUUCUGUUCCCAGCGCUGGACUUGAUACGAAGAGCAGGGCCACCGGAAGAAUACUUCGAAUCCAUCUACGACAAUGUGCUACGCCACUUGGGUAGUAAAGUAUGGCAGGUUCGAGAACUUGCGGCUUCUACCUUGUGCCGCCUCACCAUAGGCCAUUCUUGGACAGAUAGGAUGCUUGAGCUGAUUUCUAUGUCUGGGAGGAGUGCAAAUAGGCGACAUGGCGCACUUCUUGCCGUCAAAUCCCUGCUCGACCAUCAGCUAGGUCUCAACGAGUAUUAUACCAAUGAUAUCCCCACAAUCAUUAUGCUCUACCAACAACAUUUCGCGCCUAACGGUAUCCUUGAGGUUCCCUUUAUUAGAGUUCCAAUUAUCCUCUCGACGCACUUCGAAGUGGGCAACACUCUAUUGAAAAUCAUCAUUGAAUCAAAACCGAUUUGGCAUGGCGAUAAUAAUUUAAGAAGUUUGGUCGACGGCCUGUUCUUGACAGAUGGCCACUCGGUACUGCAUCAGCUUUUGACGGCGUAUACCUGCAUUGCUGAGGGACCAUCGGAUUUGGCCCUCUGUACACUUGCAUGUCAAGGUGUUUAUCUUACAGCAAUUCAAGAUGACCUUCCCGGGCUGCAGCAGAUUCUUGAAUACGCUUCCUCGACGGAAGAUAGCAUGGCAUUGGCUGCAUUAGAAGCUACAGAAUAUGCAUGGAAAGAUCAUCAAACUCAAGAGCAUUUGCACGGCCUAACUACAGCAUAUAUUCGCGCUAUACAUUGUACAAGCUCUUCCACCGUUCGCUCCGCCGCUCUAUCUAGCCUUGAGACGACACUGUCUGGCAUUUCGGAUUUCAAUACUGGCGGCACCUACAUUGAUAUCAUAGGGUUAUUUUCAGAUGCACUUACAUUUGGACCGACAAACCCACAGCUGGAAAUUGCAGCGUGCAGAGUGUCUGGGUUUUUUAUUUCAGCAGCACUUCUCUCCUGCCGAAAAUCUGCACAAAGGAAGGAAUGGGUCCGCGACUGGGGAUUACACAUGUACCAUUUCAGUGAGGACACUAUGGACUUCGAUAUCCGAAAUAGCGCGGUAGCGGCGCUGCACUCAUUCUAUCAUCGGCCUGAACAUAAAGAGUUGCUUGGUGAUGACAGUCUUCUCCCAUCAUUAUGGGCAGCAUAUCGCGUACUUAACGACGAUGAUGACGAGAUACGGAGACUUGGUGCCGUGGCAGUUUCUCCCAUCACCCUGAAACUCUCUGCCCCGUGGAUAGCCUGCCAUGAGCUUGUGGAUUUUAUGGAAGCCAUGUACUCCCGCUCAGCCGCGUUUGGUCAAAUGGUUGUUGAGCACAUGAUCGGGCGCCAGCACAAAUUAAUCUAUCGAAAACCCGCCGCCCCAGUUUUGAAUGCGAGACAAGAUAUACGGGCAGCUUUAGUCGAGGAUGACGCCUUAUUUGCAAAGGAGAAGGCCAACUUGUGGCUUGACGAGGUCCAUGAAGUCAAAAUAUGGGUCUCGGUUUUCUACCGCCUUUCUAACGAUUCCGCGGAGGGCAAGGCCGAAGGCAAUUCUGAAAGCCCGCUAGCUAGCCUGAUCUUCUAUACAUUCGAGGCUUUGGAUGAGUUGGUCUGUACAAUUGAGAGUGGGGAUUUAUAUGUUGGUUGGGAUUCCCGACCUUCUUCCUUCUCUGCUUGCGGCCGGGCACUCCUCUGUGCAAAUGCAAUUCUAGCAUAUCUCGCAAAGCAGUGUCAAGGAGAGGAAACUUUACUUGAUAAGAUUAAUGGCCAUCCAUUAUCUCAUACACUGAGAGAGAUUGUGGAUAGAUUGAACCGUUUUAUUCUAAAUGGACUUGCUCAAAAGAUCCAUUGGGAGCUCGUAUAUGCGAUUGUAUCCCGAGAUUCACUGAACUCAACCCGACUGGAUACUUUGCUGCCGCUGGCCAAAUUGGUCAGUAACGACGAACUGCCACGCUUUUCCCUUCGCGUUCAACAUCAACACUCCCAUUCAAUAUAG